AUGGACUCAUUUAUGCUCGAAGAUGAGGGCGUUCGCGAUCGUAUCCGUCAGGCCGAGGACUUUCUCGAUCCUAGCGAUCCUCAUGCACGAAGCUACAGAUCGGACAUCAUUUUGAUGCUUCAAAGAAACCAGCGUCGCAUGACUGUUAACCUUGAUCACGUUAGAGAUCAUAGCAAUGGACUAGCGCAGGGCAUCCUUGAACUCCCGUUCGAGUACACUCUUGCUUUCAAUCAUGCUCUGAAAAAGAUCGUUGAGACAAUACCGCAGGCGAGACCGGACCAAACAGCGAGAGAUACUAUCUACUAUUGUGCCUGGGCAGGAAGCUUUGGACUCAAUGCAUGCAAUCCCCGGACACUCUCCUCACACCACUUGAAUCAUAUGGUGUCAUUGGAAGGAAUUGUGACCAGAUGCUCUUUGAUCCGGCCCAAAGUGGUCCGUAGCGUACAUUACAACGAAAAGAAGAAGAAGUUCCACUUUAGAGAAUAUCAGGAUCAAACAAUGACGAAUGGCGUUACAACUUCAAACGUAUACCCGCGAGAGGACGAUGAAGGUAAUCCGCUUAUGACGGAGUAUGGCUUCUGCACCUACCGUGACCACCAAACAAUCACCAUUCAAGAGAUGCCAGAACGGGCCCCUGCUGGUCAGCUGCCUCGCGGUGUCGACAUAAUUCUUGACGAUGAUUUGGUUGACCGAGUUAAACCCGGUGACAGAGUUCAGAUUGUUGGCAUUUUCCGUACUUUGGGCAAUCGGAACACGAACCACAACAGCGCUUUAUUCAAGACUGUAAUUCUGGCCAACAAUAUUGCCAUUUUGUCGUCCAAGUCAGGCGGAGGUGUAGCAACUGCUACGAUAACGGACACCGAUAUUCGAAAUAUCAACAAAGUCGCUAAAAAGCGCAAUCUGCUUGAACUCCUCUCGCAAUCUCUUGCCCCAAGUAUAUAUGGGCAUGAUCAUAUCAAAAAGGCCAUUCUGCUCAUGUUACUUGGUGGAAUAGAGAAGAACCUUGAAAAUGGUACUCACUUGAGAGGCGACAUCAAUAUACUCAUGGUUGGGGACCCCUCCACAGCGAAGUCUCAGCUGCUCCGUUUUGUUUUGAACACAGCCCCCUUAGCAAUCGCCACAACUGGCCGAGGGUCUUCUGGGGUUGGUCUGACAGCUGCUGUCACUACAGACAAGGAUACGGGAGAGCGCAGACUGGAGGCUGGUGCCAUGGUUAUGGCUGACCGUGGAGUCGUUUGCAUUGAUGAGUUCGAUAAAAUGUCGGAUGUUGAUCGUGUUGCCAUUCACGAGGUCAUGGAGCAACAGACUGUUACUAUUGCCAAGGCUGGUAUUCACACCUCACUCAAUGCUCGCUGCUCCGUUGUGGCUGCUGCAAACCCUAUUUUCGGCCAGUAUGAUCCUCACAAGGACCCUCACAAAAACAUCGCACUUCCUGACUCGCUACUCUCACGAUUCGAUCUACUUUUUGUGGUCACUGAUGAUGUCGAGGACUCAAGAGAUCGACAAGUGUCUGAACACGUCCUCCGCAUGCAUAGAUACCGGAGUUCUGGUACCGAAGAGGGGGCACCAAUUCGGGAGCAAGCCUCGCAGAGUCUAGGUGUUUCUGCCGAUAGCCAAGCUAGCACACAACAGCCGACAGAAGUCUAUGAGAAGUACGAUGCCAUGCUCCAUGCCGGUGUGACGCGUACUUCCGGGCGAGGGUCAGGGAGAAAACCAGAGAUUUUAAGCAUACCUUUUAUGAAGAAAUAUAUUCAGUACGCCAAAACUCGAAUUAGACCAGUCUUGACGCAGGAUGCGUCUGAUCGCAUUGCAGAAAUAUACGUCGGUUUACGUAAUGACGAGAUGGAGGGAAAUCAAAGGAGAACCAGUCCGUUAACGGUCCGUACGUUAGAGACCCUUAUUCGACUGGCCACUGCCCACGCAAAAGCCCGACUCUCCAGUAGAGUCGAAGACGAUGACGCAGUUGCUGCAGAAGCAAUACUUCGAUUCGCUUUGUUUAAGGAGGUUGUCGAGGACGAGUCUCGGAAGAAGAGGAGAAGAACAAACAUUGUAAACUUUGCGUCAUCAAGCGAAGACAGCUCCGACCCAGAGGACGACCAGGAAUCUGAGGAAUAUACCUACCAUGGGGGCGGAACAACAACGACAAGUCCAGCUAUCUCGCAGACGAAUAGACGGUCCAAACUCUCCGCCGUCAAAGAGGUUCAUGGCCGUGAUGAACUAUCUAGGGAGGUUCCAAACGACGCUGACCAAGGAAAUCUCACAGUCACUCAGCGCUCGACACCUCGAAGAUCAGGCCGCAGCACUCGGUCAAGGUUCAGUGCCUCACAGUCGCAGACAUCCUUUGCAUCGUCAAUGCCAGCCUCACAACUACAGUCAGAAACACAAAGUGAUAGUCAGAUUGAGGAAGACCUGUCUUUUGGAGCUUCAGGAUUGGCAAUAAACGACGAUCCUCCAAUCGAGCCACAACGUGUGGCUGUUUUCAGGUCUGCAUUAGGCCAACUUCUGAACACUGACUUAUUUGAGGAUGAUGCCGCUACUCUCGAUGCCGUUAUCACUGCUGUCAAUCGUAAAAUAUCCAGUACGGAUGGCGGUGUGUUUGAACGGGCAGAGGCUAUCAAGGCUCUGAAGAAGUUGGAAGAGGUAAAUCAUAUCAUGUUUGCGGACGGCGAACUCGUAUACAAGAUCUAA